AUGGGUGUAAAUGAGGCCAUGAAUUACGUCCUCUUCAAUAAUCCCGUUUCCAGCAGUAUGUGGUCGUUGGCUUCCUAUGGAGCGAAAGCUGUGGGCCUGAAACCGAAAGCCAUUGCACAAACUGCAGCAACCCAUACUGCGACCGUAACCCAACAGGCAAUCCCUCCAUUGUGGAAGCUUCUGGGCCACAAUCGUCAUAUCGUACGUCUGGCAGGACUGAGUGGUGCAGCAGCGGUCGUUCUCGGAGCUUAUGGAGCUCAUUACCACUUUUUACCGAAGGAUGAAGACAUGCAAGAUCGCGAUCCGAAACAGAUCUUCGAAAUGACCAACCGCUAUCACUUCAUCCACUCGCUGGCCCUUAUGGCUGCUCCAUUUGCCCGGCGUCCAUAUCUGACGACCGCUCUCAUGAUGUGUGGCAUGACACUGUUUUGUGGAACGUGCUACUACGUUGCCUUCACAAACGAUCGCAGCGUGGUUCGGCUCACUCCAAUGGGUGGAUUUCUGUUGAUCUUUGGAUGGCUAUCAUUUAUUAUCUAA